AUGGCUGGAUCUGAUCAUAGACCUCUCCUUUGCUCCAUACAGAACACUGCUAGACCAACUCAUACACCCUUCAGAUUUCAGAAUAUGUGGACUCUACAUCUUGAUUUCAUUAAGGAAGUCGAAAACAAUUGGAAUUCCAACCUGAAUGCAGACCCCUGGAUCAGAUUAUGGUUAAAACAAAAGAACUUAGCCUCUCAUCUGAAAAAAUGGAAUUUGAAAAGAUUUGGUAAUGUCAAUGAACAACCGGAGGCCAUCCAAAAAGAAGUUCAUAGUUUGGAGGAAGGCUUACAAAUGGGGAUGAAAUCUGAAUAUGAGGUUCACCAUGCCAAUGAGAGACUCCUUGCACAAAUCAACUACCAUGAAUGUUUCUUAAAACAAAAAGCUGUUGUCACUAAAUUCACUAAUGGUGAUAGAAAUACUAGAUACUAUCAUGUUUGUAUCAAUCAUAGAAUGAAGUGUAACAUGAUCUUAAACAUAACCAAUAUCAAUGGUAGGAAGUUAACCAAUGCAGAAGAUAUAGCUUAUGAUGCAGUCCAACAUUUCCAAAAUUUGUUCACCAAUGAGCUGGAUUUUAGAAGCCCAAUUGAAACUGAGCUGUUCACUAACUGUCAGCAAUAUGUUCAAAAUUUAAAUCUCACUAGUAAUCCUUUGGAAGAUGAGAUAAAAAAAGCCUUAGAUUCCAUUGAUGGUCUCAAAACUGCUGGGCCUGAUGGCUAUACAUCUACUUUCUAUAAAGCCACAUGGGAUAGGACUAAACAAGACAUUAUGCUUGUUGUCCAAAUUUUCUUUCUUGCUAAAGUGGAGGAGGUAGAACAGGCUGUUAAGAAGGCUGAAUUAAGGAUUAAACUGGGUAGGCAGAUAACUGAUAAUGUUUUACUAACUCAAAAGCUUAUAUUGGAUAUUGACAGGCCUUUUAGAGCUGGCAAACUUAUGUACAAGCUUGACCUAUUCAAGGCUUAUGACACCAUUAACUGGAACUUCAUUCUACAAAUCCUCCAAGCUAGAACCUUUAAUAAUCAUUUUUGCCAGAUGAUUUAA